AUGAGCCAUUGUAAGCUUCCGCCCUCUGUCCCGACCUCUUGCAAGCCCACGCCGAGAGUUUCGCACCUCGAGAUCCCCUCAGCUGCCCCCAAGCCUGUACCAAGGCCCAAAUCUGCACGGCAACCACCUUCCAAAGCCCCCGUGAGACCCGAAUACACGACCCAACCGUCCGCGCAAACCCGCUACGUCGACAUGCUCUUGGGUCUAGAUACCAUACCCCGCUCCCACAACCUGUUCGCCUCGUUCAGCACCUGGAUCCUCCUCGCCGGCUUCAUCGUCGUCCCGGGCACCUUCGUCAGCGUCGAGGAUAACAAGAGGCUGCAGAAGGACGCCAAGGAUAGCAGGGUGGACCAUGCGGUGCUGGAUACGGUCAAGCACGCUUCUCUGAUCUGGGUCGCCGGUUUCUGCUGUCUCGUCGGUGGGGCGGGCAUGGUGUGGCUUUGGUGGCGGUGGAGGAGGAAUUAUGUUUGGUUGAUCAAUAAGAUCUUUUUGGUCGGGCUCCUCAAUUCGACCGCUGGGCUGAUCUCGACGCUCAUCAACGUCUACUCGCAGCAGGGCGGUAGGUUCUCGAUCACGGCCAAGAUCACGGUAGGCGCUACCGCGUCGUGUACCGUGGUCACGGCCCUCUUGUACUUUCUCUACAAUUUCUGGGCAUUGCAGAGUGUGAGGAAUAAGCAUCAGAAAGAGUUGGAGCUCGAGUCGGGGCAAAGGGUGGGCAAAGUCAUAUAA